AUGGAGGGGGAAACGCCGGAGCCUGCGGCGCCGGCAACCUUCCUCCGGGGUGAGGAGGGGGCGUCCCCGGAGUCGGCGCGCGCUAGGUUCGAGCGCAUGAUCCGGCGCGUGCAGGCGAAUGUCUGCGCGGAGCUCGAGGCGGUCGAGGGCGGCACAAGCAACAACGGCGGCGGAGGCGGCGCGCUGUUUCGGGAGGACGCUUGGACACGUCCUGGCGGCGGCGGCGGUAUUAGCCGUGUCCUCCAGGGCGGCCGUGUGUUCGAGAAAGCCGCGGUGAACGUCUCUGUGGUCUAUGGAGUGAUGCCUCCAGGGGCAUACCGCGCGGCGAGACCCGAAGUCGCGGCGGCGGCGGCGGCUGGAGGGGAGAAGGCCGGGCCAGUGCCCUUCUUUGCGGCUGGUAUCAGCUCGGUCAUCCAUCCAGUAAACCCAUUUGCUCCAACAGUGCAUUUCAACUACCGGUAUUUCGAAACAGAGGCACCUAAAGAUGCUCCUGGUGCACCUAGGCAGUGGUGGUUUGGAGGUGGUACUGACCUGACGCCUUCGUAUAUCAUUGAAGAGGAUGUCAAGCACUUCCAUUCUGUUCAGAAACAAGUGUGUGAUAACUAUGACCCUAGCUUUUACCCUAGAUUCAAAAAGUGGUGUGAUGACUAUUUUUAUAUCAAGCAUCGUGGUGAACGACGUGGGGUGGGAGGAAUAUUUUUUGACGAUCUUAAUGACUAUGAUCAAGAAACACUUCUUCGCUUUGCCACAGAUUGCGCAGACUCAGUUCUUCCUGCAUAUAUACCCAUCAUAGAACGUCGCAAAGACACUCUGUUUACUGAGGAGCACAAAGCAUGGCAACAGCUACGUAGAGGUCGCUAUGUGGAAUUUAACCUUGUUUAUGAUCGAGGAACCACAUUUGGGCUCAAGACUGGGGGGCGGAUUGAGAGUAUCCUUGUUUCUCUUCCUCUUACAGCACGGUGGGAGUAUGAUCAUAAACCAGAAGUAGGGAGUGAAGAGUGGAAACUUCUUGACACGUGCAUAAAUCCAAGGGAAUGGAUCUGA